AUGGGCCCAAUUAACAAACGCUUCGCAGCGAAUCGGUUCUCACCAUUGGACACAGACCUCGGCUUUCAACACACUGCUAAUGGCAUGACACAAGAUGUCUACGAACUUGAGAGCGGACCCCCGAGCCCGGUGGUGCUAUCACCUCCCAGGAACAGCCUCGGGUCGCCGACAAAGCAUCCCAUAGCCAAUAACAAUAGCCUUGCCGCGUAUCAGAGCCAGUCUGCUAAUUUGGAUCCACCACACAUCGGCUCAGUCAGGUACAGUCUUGACUUCUUGUUACAGUCACGGAGGGAUUCCUCACAGCAGCAAUACGUACCGGCCGAGCCUGUUUUUGCCGGCCUCAAUCUCGACCCUCGUGGCGCAGGCCCAGGCGUCGACUCUGAGCCCGCUAUCGCCCAUACCGACGACAUUGGAGUCAGCCUUGAUGCCCCCGAAGAACCUACCAGAAAUGACGCCUUCCCAUACUCCAAGCUCCCCUUCGAACUGCGGCAGAUGGUCCUCCGGGAGCUGGUGCCCACUAAAUCCAUCUGGAACGGCACCUCAUUCCCCAAAUCCUGCCAGAAACAAUACCAGCGGGCCUACUUCGAGAAGACAAAGUACCUCCAGAACCGCGCGCUGGCCCAGCCCCAGGACGCGUGGGGCCGCAACGAGCCCGCGAUCGCCUCGCUCCUGAACGCCCGGCUGGUCGACAGGAGUUUCUGCCGAGAUAUUGACGCCUUCUUCUCCCACGAGUGCACGUACUGGCUGAUGAUGGGCGCGACCGAGUUCUUCCUCUUCAAGUGCCUCGCCUUCGGCCCGAGGAACCUUCGAAUCGUCUGCUUCAUGGGCCACAUCCCUGAUGCGGACGAGGCACUCGUUACAAUUCUCGACGGGAUCUCCGCGAAGCCUGGAUGGAGGAACUGGGAGCCCCCGAGGUUGCCCAAGGUCCAUUUCAUAUUUCACCACUACGUCGGAUACCAUUGCUCAUACCUCUGCCCGGAAUGUGAGGGCACUUGCUCAGCUUACAGGUCCUUAUCGCAAGGGCGCGAGCCAGUCGUGCCCGGCACCGCGUUGUGGCCCUGCACCUCAGUCGGCAUGGGGCGUGAGUCCUGGUUCUCGACCUGCGCCGGAUGCGUCAACUGCCUGGGCUCGACUGAGUCUGUAGAGGUCUUUCCCUCGAACUGGCACAAGCUGUUGCUGGCUUGGGAACCUGGCCUGAGACACAGGGGGCCGUCAGCAUACAACACAGCGCACAAAAUCACCCGACUGGCGACCGAAGAGACGCUCUUUCAUCCGUUCCUCGAGACCUGGGACGACCCCGUCAGGGCGGCGAUGCUGCGGGUAAGCCCCGAGUUCAAUCUCGACCCGGAAGCCGAGAAACAGCUCAUCCAGCCCAUGUACGGGAAGGAGGGCCUCGUCGACGCGUGGAGGAUGUGGAACAAGUGGGCGCACCACGCCUGGGACCGAAUCACCUUUGCAAAGCACCACGAGAGCGUCGGCUUCUACUGGUCCAGGGCCUUCCCAGACUCCACCCGCUUUCAGUUCUCUUGCAAGUUGGCCUACAGCGACCCGCUCAUCCCGGGCAAGACGUACAGGCUCGACGUCACCGGGCAGUUCAUCGGGCGGCAUGAUGCCACCCCGUUGCUGUCGGGCAUUGAAGCGAAGGAGGAGGAAGCCCCAACGCCGGAUGCGGGUACCUUGCUUGAGAAUUCUCACUGA